AUGAUCAUGGGUGGAUGUAUAAAUAUUCUAAAGAUUUUGUUCAUUUCAGUUUGUUGUGUUAGUUUUGCCGAGUCAAAAACUGAAAAUUUGUUAAAGUUAUUUAAAGACUAUGUCAUUAAAUUUAACAAAACCUACCAGUACCACGAUGACAGUCGGCUUUUGUCAAAACGAUUUCAAGUAUUUAAAGAAAAUCUUGAGUUCUAUGACAGAAUAAAUGGUCAAGCUGACGUAAAUGGUACUUUGGUGUAUGGUAUCAAUAAGUUCUCUGAUUUGACUCCAGAGGAAUUUAGAAAAAUCUACUUAUCUGACCUUAUUCGACAUGAAGUUUACCAACACAAGAAUCAGAAAACUCCACUAGAUCUUAUAAAAAACCUGAAUAUACCUAAGAUUGUCGAUUGGCGCAAAAAGAAAAUCAUUUCAGCUGUCAAAAACCAAGGACACUGUGGCGCUUGCUGGGCAUUCAGCACCACAGAGACUGUGGAGAGUAUGUAUGCGAAGGUCACAGGUCAACCUGUUCCUGACCUCAGUGUGCAGGAAGUCAUAGACUGUGCUGCUGGGAAUUAUGGGUGUGCAGGAGGAGAUACAUGCACUGCCCUAAGUUGGAUGGUGAAUAACAGGACCAGACUGGUUUACAACAAAGAUUAUCCCUUGGUCGAUGUCACUCAGAAAUGUCACAGACUGUCUCCAUCAUUGCCAAACGUCUCCGUGUUAGAAUACUCUUGUAAGAAUUAUGUUGGCAACGAGCAGAAGAUGCUACAGCUGUUGAGUUCGGUAGGACCACUGGUUAUCACUGUUGACGCUACGACGUGGAACAGCUACAUGGGUGGGAUAAUCAAGUUUCACUGCUCCAACUACAACAACCAUGCAGUGCAGAUUGUUGGCUACGAUCUGACAGGUGAGGUGCCGUUCUAUAUAAUUCGUAAUUCAUGGGGACCAGAUUUUGGUGAUAAAGGCUAUCUCUACGUGAAGAUUGGAGAUAAUUUAUGUGGUGUAGCACAGCGAGUAUCGACAGUGGCAGUAGAUGUUUCCUGAUGACUGACUUGAUGAUGACCUGGUGCAUUUAAUGUGAUUUAAUCAAUGAAAAACAUUACAGUUCAACAGUGCCAUCUAUAUUUAACCAGUUCAUCUUUAACAAGGAAAGGAAUAUUUGUGUAAAGGGAUUGCCCCGAGUUUGAUGUGUCGUAAGAUGUCUCUCACUUAUAGCAAUCUUUAACAACUAACCUUCCAUAUUAAGUAUCUUUUAGAAUGUUGUAAGAUGAUUCUCACUCAUAACAAUCUUUAACAAUGAAAAUUACAUAUUAAGUAUAUUUUGUUGUUUAGAAUAUCAAUGUCUGUAUAUUCCAUGUGUUUCUGGUCGUCUUAAUAUUUGUAAGUAGUCUAAACUGGAUUUGGUCUGCAAAUAAUUUUGUAUAAAUGUACGAAAAAAUAUACAUUAGGAAAUAAAAUGAAGUUUGACCUAAAACAAACACUAGGACGAUCAGAAACACGUUUAAUAUACAGCCAUUUAUAUGUUAUGCAAAACAAUUAAAUUGAAUACUGUAGAUCCUGAAAUUAACAUCCCGAAAAUUAAUGUAACUGACAGUAGGCAGACUAAAAUGCAACAUGCAGUUAAUUCGAGUAACCUCCCUUUGAAAUAUUAAUUUUCCUAACAGAAACACCACACGUCUGUGUACUUUUCAGUUAAAUCCAAGUUACAAGCGUUUUCAAUGAGAUCAACUCACUAACAUGUCUGUGUACACAUCAGUUAACCUGUUUAGUCCCUGUUGUUUUUGGUGAGAUCAAGUCAAAGCAUAUGUUUGCGGCAAUUAUUUAUGUAACGUGUAUAGUUACCUAAAUCUGGUCAAACAUUAGGAUACAUGUAUAAUUACAACUGUAUGCCAAUAGUUGCCGGGAAUGUGAACAGUAAAGAUAAAGAAAAGAUCGACCGCAAUAUUAGUGUGUUAAAACCCAUUCAUGCGCGGUGGAUCGUAUCGGCUUUUGACAGGGUGGUCAAAGACCCUGCCAUCGUCACACAUGGCUGGCAGCUUAUUGGACUAUUGGACAAUUAGUCUGUCCCAUCUACAAUAAAUUGUGCUCCAGUUGUUUUAUAAAUGUAUUAGAAUUUUAAUCUUUGUUUUAAUAGCGUGUGACUUGCUGGACUAAUCGACAGUUAUUUGGUCUCGCUUACAAUGAAUUAUUUUCCAGUUCUGUUUUAUAAAUAUAUUAGAAUUUAAAUUUUGGGGAUUAUGUUUUAAUAACGUGGGACACAUACAAAACAUAAAUACAUGCAUAAAUUAUUAAUGUGAAUAAGGCAAACUCGCAUUUUUCGCAUUAAUAUUAUGAUUGCAUUAAUUUCAGGAUCUGCGGUAUAUAAUUACAGUAGUUAAAAAGUCUCUAUUAGUUGGCAACAUCUUAACAAUUGCAGCAAUUUUAGGAUUGUCCCUUUAAUGAUACCUCACUUGACAACACAUUUCAAACUGUAUCUAUUUGGUGUCUAACAUAUGGUUUCGACUCUUUAUCGAGAUAUAAUGGAGAUAAAACCAGUUGCUGCCACAUAGGCAGGGAAUUAGCAACAAUGGAUCUUUUGUACAUUUCCAUAGGCAGGCAGCACAUACCACAGCCUUUGAUUUACCAGUCACAGAGCCUUGGUUGAGAUGGAAGAAUAAACAGUCUGAAAAUCCAUUUCUGUUGGAGAACUCACUGAGCUAUUUCUCAUUGCACGAUUUGUAACGUUGAAAUUCAUCUGUAGAGAAUUACAUAUAAAAUAACCUUUGCUGCCAGUCACUAGGAUUAACCUGUAUGGGUGGUUGCUAGCCAAUUUGUACCCUGGUCAUUUUGUAGCAUAGUCACUUUCUACCUAAUUUGGUCGUUUUGUACCCUGGUCAUUUCGUACCAUUGCAAAAAGUGAUUUCGUACCUUGGUCAUUUCAUACCAUAACUGAAAGUCAUUUCGCACACUAACAAAAAUGUGUAAUGUCAGAUGUAAAAUCACCCUGGUAAUGUCUUUUACAAAAUAACAUUACAUUACAAAGCUCUGUAAAAUGCGAACACCACCUGCAACUGAAUAAUGUUCAUGUAAUGAACUUACUUCAUAUUUAUAAGUGGCUGUAACUUGUUUAAUAAAUAAAUACAUAUACCGGGUACAUAUAUUAUGGUUAACGUACGCCUUUUUUAAUUCUUGUUUAAAAUUUAGUUUCAGUUUUUCUGACUAUAAAUCUCAACAUACCAGUGGACAUGUUUUUAACUAAUUUAGCCUUUUUAAUGACUAAAUAUUUGUGUUGGUAAGAAUAUCAAGGUUUUUCUGGUCAUCCUAAUGUUUGUAGCAAUUCAGCUCUUCAUUUUACUUCCUAAUAUAUAUAUAUAUAUAUAUUUGUGAUACAGAUGUAAUCAUGGGUGGGGGAUAAAAUCCACUUUGGGCUACAACAAACAUGAGGAUGAUCAGAAACGUCUUGUGAUAUUCUUAUUAAGAAAAUGUAUUUAUUAUGUAAUUAUGAUUUUCAAUCAAACCUCUGUUAAACUAAAACGACUAACAUGUGAAUUAGUAACAAACUCUGAACACAACUGAUAAUCACUAAGUGAAUUGCCAUAGCAACAGAAAUAUUAUACCGGUUAUGUAUUUCAUGGAUCAGAAGUGAAUGUUUUUUGUCUUCAUAUUUGAAGACUUGUUCUUUCAUAGACACCCGGUUUAUGUUAUUAGAAAAAUAAACUAUUUUCAUAUA